AUGCCCCUCCGGGUAGUUUAUGACCCCCCGGGACCGCCAGGGGAGAAUGGGGCAGCAGCACCACGCACCUACACAAUUCAACAUGUGCCUUUUUCAACUGCUGAUAUUUGCAAUUGGCGCAAUCAGAACCCUUCCUUUGAGGAGAACCCAGCCAAAAUCAUCAAACUUUUUGAAGGGAUCUUUAAAACUUAUGACCCUACCUAUGAUGAUGUUCAAUAUCUUUUGGACUCUCUGUUAACAACGGAAGAAGUCCGGAGGGUCCAUAGUGAGGCAAGGGCGCAUCUGAGGCAGUUACAAUUAAAUGAUAACCAAAUAAAUGAUGCCUACCCCCGAGCCACUCCUAAUUGGGACUAUCAGGAUCAGAAUGCUCGGACUGCCCUGGCAACAUACAGGAACCAUGUACUGGCGGGAAUGAGGAGGGCAGCUAGGAAGCCUACUAAUUUGGCUAAGGUGGCUGAGGUGGUCCAGAAAUCAGAUGAGUCGCCAGGGGUUUAUUUGGAGCGCCUGAAGGAAGCCUACCGGCAGUUUACCCCUCUGGACCCGGACGAUCCUGCCAAUGCUCCGGUUGUUAAGGCAGCCUUUGUGGCCCAAGCCACUCCCGAUAUUCGCCGAAAAAUUCAAAAAACCGAAGGGUUUCUAGGCCAUGGGCUGGAGUGGAUGUUAGAGGUGGCACAAACCACGUAUAACCAGAGAGAUGAGGUAGCCCAGAAGAAGAAAGAAAAUUACCAGGCUAAGAAACUCAUGGCUCUGCGCGCCAGCAACAGCGGCACGGGGGAACCUGCCCGGGGAGGAGGGCGCGGCCGCCUGGGGACGCAACCAGUGCGCCAUCUGCCGCCAAGAGGGCCACUGGAAGAACGAAUGCCCUCAGGGAAGAACCGGAGGCAGGGGAGGCCGGAUUCCUGGCACCAUCCCCAUGGGAGAUGGCACUGA